AUGUCUGGGCGAGCUAGAGCAUGGGGUAGGCCCCAACGAAGUGGCCGAAACAUCCCAGCUCAACCUGAGAUUCCUCCGCAAGAGGUAGGAGUGGGCCAAAACAAUGUACCCGCUCCACCGGCCCAAGGAGCUAUGGGAGUGUUAGCUAGGGAGAUGGCGGGGGCUUUGCGAGAGUCCAUGGAAAUGUUGAGAGCCGAGCAAGUGGCUAGAACCAUUGAGGGUGAAAUGAGAGCUUCCUUUUUGAAAAAGGAGUUCUUUCGUUCUAAUCCUGCUGAGUAUAAUGGCGAGCCCGACCCGAUGAAGGCUGAUGAGUGGUUGGAGCAAAUAAUUAAGUCCUUUGAGAUCUUAGACAUUAGGGAGAAUGAGUUGCGAGUGGCGUUAGCGGCUUAUCAACUCAAGGGGGAGGCCGGGCAAUGGUGGAAGUCCGUCAAAUAUAGGGUUGAUCAUACGUGGGAAGCGUUCAUGCAAGCUUUUCAGGACAAAUUCCUCCCUCCCACGGCUAGAGAACGAUUGAGAAAACAGUUUGAGCAACUAUUGCAGCUACAUACACCAGUGGCGGAGUAUGAAACUAAAUUCACUGGCCUAUCUCGUUUUGCACCCGAAUUGGUAUCUAUGGAGGAAAGGAAGUGUCUUGAAUUUGAGAAAAGGUUGAGACCGAAGAACUUGAUGAAGGUGGUUGGCAACAUGAUCCGUGACUAUGAUCGCUUAGUCGAAGCUGUAGCUCAUGUAGAAAUCACAGUAGAGGCCGAAGAGGCAAGACAAAGAUCAAAGAGAACAAGUCAGUCUGACACUGGAAGUGACACGUGCUCUUCUAAGAGGCCUAGGGGUUCAUCAUCAUCGUGGCAAUCACCCCCGUAUGAUAGAUUGUUACCCUUGUCACACUAUCCUUGUGGCCGAGAUCAAAUUAAUUUUCUUUUAGCAAGCUUGUGGGAAGAUGGAAGUGAUGUGGUCCGAGAUGAAUUCCCAAAAGUAGUGAGUGAAUAUCUCGAUGUCUUUCCUGAAGAUCUCACAGAGUUACCACCUCAUAGGGAGAUAGAGUUCACCAUAGACUUGCUUCCGGGUACGGCACCGAUCUCAUUGUCACCGUAUAGGUUUGCUCCGGCUGAAUUAGCAGUUUUGAAAGAACAACUGCAGGAGUUACUUCAUAAGGGCUUCAUACGCCCUAUCACAUCACCAUGGGGAGCCUCAGCAUUGUUCGCCAAGAAGAAAGAUGGGUCCUUAAGGUUGCAUGAUAUUCUUAUCUAUUCACCCUCCGAAGAAGAGCAUGAAAGGAACCUUCGUAUGAUUUUGCAGCUUCUUACGGAGCACCAGCUUUAUGCUAAGUAUGAAAAAUGUGAAUUUUGGCUUACAAAAGCAAGGUUCUUAGGCCAUGUAGUUUUAGGGGAUGGGCAAAUAGUGGAUUCCUCAAAAAUAGAAGUUGUGUUAAAUUGGGAGCAACCUAAGAAUGUCUCAGAAAUUCGAAGCUUUUGGGGUUUGGCUGGUUAUUAUCUCCGUUUUGUGAAGAACUUCUCUUCUUUAGCAUCACCGUUGACUAGGUUAACCCGUAAGGGAGUAAAGUUUGUUUGGAGUGAAACAUGUGAAAACUCUUUCCAAGAACUGAAGUUUAGAUUGACCACCGCACCCAUCCUUAUCAUUCCGGAAUGA